AUGCAAACUUUGCUCACGGAAGGCUUCUUGCAGGAUGCUACUACCAUAGCGGGUUAUGGUUAUCAGGGCACUCCCGUUUCCACGCAACAUUACCCGGACAUGGGUUACCUGACCCUUGCCAUGGACCAUACCGAAACCGUCACUGGUUACGAAAGGUGGCUUGAUAUUGAGGAAGCCACCGCUGGCAUGUAUUACAUGAGUGACGACGUCGAGUACACUCGAGAGUAUAUCGCAAGCAACCCGGACGAUGUCAUCGCUAUACAUAUUACAGCAAGCCAGCCUGGUUCUGUUGGCUUUACGAUUCAUCUGGAUCGUGGUGCCUCCCUCAAUAGGUUUGAAGCCUAUAGUGAACCCCUUGACAAUAACACCAUCCUUGUUGGUGGCGGCUCUGACGGCGUGACUGGCAUUGACUGGUCAGCUGGCGCUCGCGUGGUAAGCUCUGGAGGAUCAGUCUAUACCCUUGGAGAUUAUGUCUUUUGUUCCGGAGCAGACGAAGCAACCAUAUAUUUCACUGCCUGGACAACAUUCCGUCAGCCUAAUCCUCAAAAUGCAGUGCUUUCUGUCCUUACGAAGGCUGCUGGAAAGAGCUACAGUUCAAUUCGCGAGACUCAUGUUGCCGAUCACCAGAAAUAUAUGUCAAGGGUCUCACUCAAUCUUGGAAACUCAACAGCAGCCCAGAAAGCAAUGAGCACUCCCCAAAGGAUGGCUGCAAUCAAUAACACGAUGUUUGAUCCCGAGUUGGCGGCGUUAUAUUUCCAGUUUGGGCGAUACACAUUGAUCGCAACCUCGCGGGAAGGAAGUCUUCCUCCUAAUCUGCAAGGCAUAUGGAAUCAAGACAUGGAUCCCGAGUGGGGUUCCAAGUAUACAAUCAAUAUUAACUUGGAAAUGAACUACUGGCCGAGCUUGACAACCAACCUAGCUGAUCUGACGACACCGCUCAAUGACCUCCUGAACGAAAUUGGCAAGCAAGGCAGUGUCGUCGCACAGAAGAUGUAUCACGCUUCAGGGAUCGUCACUCACCACAAUACUGACUUGUGGGGAGACUCGGCACCACAGGAUAAUUACCUCUCUUCAACCUGCUGGCCUAUGGGAGCAACAUGGCUGAUCACUCAUCUCAUUGAACAUUAUCGAUUUACCGGAGACAAAUCAACCCUCAAGUCGAACUAUAACCUUCUCCGAGGUGCGGCUCUCUUUGCUCUCGAUUUUUUGACUCCUUAUGGACAAUAUAUGGUCACCAACCCCACGCUCUCCCCGGAGAAUCUCUACUACAUUCCCGGCUCCACAGAGCAGGUUGCAAUUACGUACGGAUCAACCAUUGAUAACUCGCUGCUGUGGGAACUAUUGGGUGGAUUGCUAGAUGCUCAGAGAGAGCUUGGCAUAAAUGAUCAAGAGCUGGCAGACAAGGUGACGGCUCUAAGAAGCAAAUUGCCCCCGUUGCGCGAGAAUCAGUACGGCGGCAUUGCUGAAUGGAUUCAUGACUAUAAUGAGACUGAUCCUGGCCAUCGACACUGGUCCAUGCUCUGGGGCAUGUACCCAGGCUCACAAGUUACUGCUUCAAAUCAGACCACUUUCAACUGGGCAAUUUCGAGCAUUCACCGUCGCCUAGACAAUGGUGGCGGUUCUACCGCCUGGUCUCGCGCUUGGUCCAUAGCUCUCUCCGCCCGAGCUUUUCUUCCGGAUCUAGUAUACUCGAACUUUGCUCAACAACUGGCAAACUACACCACUGGGACUUCUUUUCUGGCCACUGGUCCUCCAGCGCCCUUCCAGGUUGAUGGGACUUUCGGGGGCCCCGCUGGCAUGGUCGAAGCUUUCCUCCAGAGCCACGAGACAGUGUCAACGGAUAAGGAAGGCAAGCUCGUCGCAGCCCAGACAGGUGAUGAAAAUAAAAUCCACCUGAUUCGACUUCUUCCCACGCUUCCAUCUGCCUGGGCCGCAAUUGGAGGAGGGGGUUCCGUUUCAGGACUUGUGGCUCGUGGCGGCUUUGAGAUCGAUAUAGCCUGGUCGAGCGUUGGGGAGCUAACUAAAGCUAUUAUUACAUCGAAGGUAGGCAAUCAAGCAUAUGUCACCUUCGGUAGCUCGCCAAUUGGAGCCACCAAUGCUACCAAGAUCACGGUGGACAACGAGGGGACUGGCGGGUUUGUACUGCUGCCGGCAAAGGAAGGGCAAAAAUUUACCGUGUCGCUUGCGCAAGGAUGA